AUGUCUCGCAAAGACCCCGGCGUCGUUGAGCCAUACGGCAACCCUGCGCCAUUCGCGGAGCCGCCGUGGUAUAAUACCCUGGCUUCUCCCUACUACGAUGAAAGCCACCGAAGGGUGAGAGAUUUCGUUCGCAAGUAUAUCGAGGAACACAUCGCUCCCCACAUACAGGAGUGGGAAGAAAAGGGCCAUGUUCCCGAUGAGGCGAGAAAGCAUUUUGCCCAAUCAGGCUUGGCUUUCCCAGAGUUGCCGCGACAAUAUGCUGGCCAUAUUGAGUUACCAGGAGGCGUCCCGGCGGAGAAAUGGGACAUCUUUCAUUCUCUAGUUGUAAGCUACGAGGCCACUAGGAUAUGGGCUGCUGGCGUGUCGGUGGGACUCAAUGGAGGAACGUCGAUCGGUGUUCCCCCUGUCAUUCAUCAUGGCACGGAAGAGCAGAAAAGGUGGUGGCUUCCAGGACUUGUCACUGGAGAAACCAGUUUCUGUCUCGGUUGCACGGAACCCACUGGCGGCUCCGACCUAGCAAACCUAAAGACCACCGCCAUCAAGUCAGAUGAUGGUCAAUACUACACGGUCAAUGGCCACAAGAAAUGGAUCAGUGGUGCGAUACGUGCGAGUCACAUGACGACUGCCGUAAGGACUGGCGGCCCUGGCAUCAAGGGGAUAUCCCUCCUCGUCAUUCCCCUCGACCUUCCCGGUGUGUCCCGACGCAAGAUCAGUAACAGUGGGUGGAACGCUGGCGACAGCACAUGGGUGACACUGGACAAUGUCAAAGUGCCUGCCAAUCACCUCAUCGGGCAAGAGAAUGCAGGGUUUCAGUACAUCAUGACAAACUUCAACCGCGAACGAUUCAUCCUGGCUGUACUGAUGAACGGCCAGGCUCGGGUGUGCUUGGAAGACGCCUGGGCAUAUGCCGUGGACCGGCACACAUUCGGCAAGCCGCUCAUGCAUCACCAAAUCAUCCGACAUAAGCUCAUCACGAUGGCGCGCUAUAUCGAGUCGCACUGGGCCUGGCUGGAGCAAAUUGCAUACCAUGCCCACGUCACCGGGUCCAUGGGCACAGAACUAGCCUCGAGAAUCGCCAUGGCCAAGAUCCAUGGCGGUCGUCUUCUAGAGCUGGCAAAUCGAGAGGCACAACAGAUUUUCGGCGGUGCCGGGUAUCAGCGUGGCGGCGUCGGGGCUCGAGUCGAACAGAUUAGCAGGGAUCUGAGAGUAAACAUAGUCGGAGGCGGAAGCGAGGAGAUUAUCACGGACUUGGCUGUCCGGCAAGAAACUGGUGCAGCUGUAAGCAGAAGUGCUAAGCUGUACGCGGCGGCCUUGUAUCCCGAAGCCGAAGGGGCCGGAGGGGCCGGAGGCGGUGGGGCGGUGCCGCGUUGA